UCCAAAAAGAGACAUGGAAGUUGUUCCUGAAGACUCGAUGAAAAGUCCUGAAGAUGAUGGAAAAUGCAAGAGUAUAGAAGAAAUCCCAAAGGCUAAUAGUCUCAGCCCUGCUAUGGAUACAGAGGGUUAUUCAGAUGACUUGGAAAGGACCCUUUCUGAAUCAGUAGCUGAUAAGAUGAAAUCAGUGGGCCAACCAGAGGAUCAGCGGAAGGAUUAUAUCCAACGGACAAAGGGAGUACAAGAAUGGCAAGAUGGUUCUGUUUAUACAGGAGAAUUUGGGCUUAAUAUGAAAGAUGGAUUUGGAAAAUUUUCAUGGGCCAAUGGUGAGGGUCUCUAUAUGGCUGAUGAACGUUUUGGACCAGGAGUUGAGACCUAUCCUGAUGACCGUGAAGACGUCGGCUUGUGGUUAGGAAAUCACCUAAUUAAAUUAUGUACUGAAAUACCUGACCACUUUUCUAUUUUGGAUUAUCCCGAAUACACUGACUUUCUUGAAGAUGAUUCCAUCAAAGUCACCCUUUCUGAAAAGGAAUUUAGAAUGUGGGAGCUGAAUGAAGAGAAGGACCCUUUUUGGUACAAUUAUAAACAGCUUCUUUUGGAUGACAAUUUCACCUUCCCUAAGGAAAUUAGCUUCUAUUCAACUGACAACGACAAUCUUCCCAUGACUUAUUCUUUCCGCAAGGAUUUGGAUUCCCAGUUUUUUGUGAAUGAAAAUGACACCUAUGAGGAGGAAGAAGAGGCACGUCUUAUUAACGGGACUCCCUUAAUGGUUAAAAUGCAGAAACACAUUUACAAAUUCAGACGCAAGCAAGACCAUACCAGUUUUAAUGUUAAUUCUAUCCUAAGUGGAAAUCGUACUGAUUUUGGACCUCAGGGUCCUAAAGAACUAACGUCUGAGCUGAUGAUUGACAAGGCUGCAGAAGGAGACUUCGAGCAAGUUUACGAGAUCCUGAGGGACAAUCUUGUGCAUGCUGAUGUGGCAGACAAAAUCGGAUAUACCGCGCUGGCAGCUGCUUCUGUAAAUUGUCAUAAUGACAUCAUCAAUCUUCUUCUUGAUAAUGGAGCUGAUGUGAAUAAAUGCACUGAUGAAGGGCUAUCGGUUCUAUGUAUGUGCUUUAUUAUUCAUUUUCCUGUCAAGUCAUUUAAACCCAAUAUUGCUGAGAGGAACUUCACUGAAUACCAGGUAGAGGAUCAAAGUGACUCUGAAUUACCUACUUCUAGAACACGUAUUUCUACAAUUUCAUUGUCAAAGGCGUUAUCCCAAAUUGAACAGGAAGAAAAAAAGAAUUUGUCGGAUUCCAGUCAUCGUUUAAAUUUAUCCUUUUCUCAAGCUACCUUCCCAGAUGAUUCUAACCCUAAAGACCUUGAGAUCACAGUCCUGCGGAGCCAGUCCACACUGACAGAAUUGGCAUCUGACAAAGAAUUGAAGUUCAACUUUGAAAGGAAACUGGAUGAUGACGUGUUUGAGAGGUGUACUCUGUAUAGCACCGAAACGAUUUUUGAAUCAAACCAAUGUAUUUGCAACUUUUCUCCAUCUGUUUCUCAAAAAAAUUUGGAGAAGAGUGCCCAUAUCUUCAGUUCAUUGAAAGCGGAUUUUGAUGGUAAAAUCCCCAUGAGUGAAGGCACAAUGAGAAACAUGGCAAUUGCCAUCAUAGAACACAGAAACAGAUGGACAACCAUCAACUUGCUCCUGCGGCGAGGUGCAGAUCCCAAUUUGUGCCACGUUCCCAUGCAGGCUCUCUUCCUUGCAAUUAAAGCUGCAGAUGUAGAAGCAGUUAAACUCCUUCUAAAGUAUGGUGCAAGGACUGACAUAAAAUUCCCAUCGAAGAUGAAAGGACUAACUCCUCUUCAUAUUGCCGUAGCCCUUCCAGGAGAGGAGGGAGUCAAAAUAACAGAACUAUUACUUCAUGCAAUUACUGAUCCUGAUACCAGAGCAGAGGACGCAGAUGAGAUAUAUGGACCCGACGUGUUUGAGCUUUUUCCUUCAAGCAUGAAACUGAAUAAUGAACUAGGUCCACCCAGUGGGUAUUACACAAAGUCUGAUAUUAUCCCAGAAGAAGGAGGGAGGACUCCUUUACAUGUUGCCUGUGAGAGAGAAGAUAACUACAAGUAUGCAAGGGAUGUUAUCCGCCUCCUUUUAGCUCAUAAAGCUAAUCCUAAUUCAUUAUGGAGUGGUCAUUCUCCACUUUCCCUGUCAAUUGCCAGUGGAAAUGAUUUGAUCGACAAACUAAUUCACUUUGGUGCUGAUAUCCUGAAUCCAAUUACAUUUGGCGAAGGAAAGAAAACAGCAGUGGGAACUGCAGUUGACUAUGCAUACUACAGAUUCUUUCAGGAUAAAAGGAUUGCACACACCCCUUAUCACUCCUUGUCGGUAGUGGAGCGGGAGACAUUUGUGGCUCGCCGGAAGUUAUUAGAGUACAUAGGCGCCUGUAUCCCCAGAGCUGUCAUCUUAAAGGAGAAAAAGUGGGAUCAGAACUUGUUACAAAAGUCCAAAAAAAUGGAAACCAUGAGUAAUCAAAAGAAGAGGAGAAUUGUUGCUACUGGAAAAUCGCCCCAAGGGAAAGUAGAAAGAAUACCCUUCUUUAAAUGUUGCUACCAGUGUGGCCGCUCCAUAGGCGUCAGGCUUUCACCUUGCCUAAGGUGCUAUCAAGUUUUUACCUGCAGCAAGAACUGUAAAACAAAACUUUGGAAUGAGUUUCACAAGCAAGAGUGUGUUGGAGACCAUCGCAACUAUAGAAGAGUCACACUAAGGAGUGAAAGCAGCAUCCCAAAGGACAAAGAAGCUGUCAAAAAAGAUGGCGGGGGAUCUGCCCUCAAAUUGGGAGUUGCAGCCAAAGGUUCAUCUAGCUCAAUGCUCUUUGGUGACAAUUACAGUUUCAACUGAUCCACAUUUUCUGAAUACAACUUGCACAC